UUUCACAAAAAAAAAUGAUACGAUAACACGAUUUUUGUGAUAAUUCGUGAUGUUAUCAUGGAUUUGAAUAAGACUAUCGAGUUGACGAAAUUAAGAGUCGUAAUAUUUUAUGAGAAAUAAAAUAAACGUACAAGUAUGUUUAAGAUUUGCACAAAAAUUGAAAGAAUUUUAAACGUUUGGAGAUUUUCAAGAUAUCAAAAUGGUGGAUAUGCGGGUAGGAAAUCAAAAUACGAUAUACGAAGGGAGAAUCUAUGUCAUUCGACGUUAAACCGGCUCGGUAAGGUAAAACCUAUUAAGAGGACGGUUUUCAAUGUGAUCUUUACCAUCUCCCACGAGUCGAAUGUCAGAAAUAAGGAAAGAUAUUUUCGUCCGCUCGUAAAAGUCGAAGAGAAUGGGGGUUUCUUUAGCGGUAUAGUCGAAGCAAUUUUGAUAAUCGCAAGGCUCGUGGUCAUAACGCUUGCCGCCAUUAUCUUGGCCACGGCUUUUUUAAUAAUACGACUGACAAACUCUGAAGUUUUUCCGGGUAUCCUACGAAGAGUAAUUAUAUUCCUGGGUCCAACUUUUAUCAAAUUUGGUCAAUGGAUGUCGACAAGAAAGGAUCUAUUUCCCGAAAAUAUUUGUAAUUCUCUAACUCAGUUACAACGCAAUUCAUCAUGUCAUUCAUGGUUAUAUACAAAAAAUUUAUUUAAAGCAACGUAUGGACCAAAUUGGAGAGAUGUUUUUGUCAAAUUCGAGGACGAAAUACCUAUCGGUUCGGGAUGUUGUGCCCAGGUUUACAAGGCGUGGGUCGAUCUUAACGUUCAUGCAGGAAGGAUACAAGAGUCCCGACUAUCGUGUUUCGUCGAAAUUAUCGAAUAUUUAAAUAUGGGACAUUUCUUCACCAUAUUGGAGAAAAUAUUUACUACUGACGAGCACGAAAAGAUCGAUCAAAUUGAUAGAAAAUUGCAGCCAGUUGCCGUUAAAGUCCUUCAUCCUGGCAUAAAAAAUCAAAUAAAGAGAGACUUGAAAAUAAUGCGAAUCUUUAGUAAACUCGCCACGUACGUCGUUCCGGAGUUACAUUGGCUGAGUCUAACCGAUUGUAUCGACGAAUUUUCAUUAAUUAUGGAACAGCAAGUCGACAUGAGAUUAGAAGCUGAUAAUUUGAUAAAGUUUACAAAUAAUUUUAUAAAAACGGAAAAAAUCGUUUUUCCACAUCCUUAUAUGGAAUUUACACGCAACCAAAUAUUGGUAGAAACUUUUCACGAAGGCUCACCAAUAUCCGAUUAUCUUGAUUACGAGGAUAACAAAGUGCAACAUAAAUUGGCGAAACUCGGUAUCACGAUGAUUCUUAAAAUGGUAUUCAGCGAUAAUUUUAUACAUUGCGAUCUCCACCCGGGUAAUAUUUUGGUCCAGGAAGUAAAGAAACCGAAAUCAACAUUUCUCGAUCCUUUUUUGAGCAUCAUUAGCUCUGAUUAUACGGAGAAUGAUCCAAGACUGGUAAUACUCGACUGUGGUUUGGUGGUAUCCCUGAAUAAUCGUUGUCGAAAACAUCUUCGUGAUAUCUUUCGAUCGGUAUUGAUGGGAAAUGGUGAACUCGCGGCGGAAUAUAUAUUGGAACAUACUUUCCAUAUGACACCGGAUCCAGAUGGUUUCAAAACUACGAUGAAUAAUAUAGUGACGGCUUAUCUUAAAAAUCCAGGCAACUUUAAUAACGUGAAUGUAAGUACCGUUGUGUCUGAAUUAUUUUCCGCGAUGGUUCGUCACCGGGUGAAGCAGGACGGAUCCUUUAGCAGCGUGAUUCUCAGUAUGGUAGUGAUCGAGGGGCUCGGCCGAAGUCUAGAUCCUAAUAUCGAUAUCUUCUCCGAAGUUCUUCCAUUUGUUUUCAAUAAUACCGUGUACGGUUAAAAGGAAAAAAAGAAAAAAAGAAAGAAAGGAAGAACAUCGUCCUGUUAAUUACAUUGGACUCAUUGAUUGCAUUGGAUGUAUAUUUACGGUACGUAUUAUAAUUUCAUCUUUUAUCUCAUUACAUUAUCUUAUACUUUCAUAUAUCUAACGGGACAUAUUGACGUCGUACGAUAAGAUAAUACAUUGUUUGGU